AUGUCUAAAAAGGAGUAUAUGGAUAAACUGAUCGGUGUGGUGCUAAUGCUGAUCUUCUCCCUAGUGGCAUGGGCUCAAAGCGUUGAAGAAGAGAGCUGCUGGGCCACAAGAUCUGUGGUUCAGAAGAAGGAGACAGAGAUCACCAACCUCCAUUUCUACUUCCAUGACACAGUGAGUGGCAAGAACCCUAGCGCUGUUAGGGUGGCUCAAGCCGCUGGCACAAACAAAUCCCCAACCCUUUUUGGCGUUGUCAUGAUCGCAGAUGACCCAUUAACUGAAAAACCCGAUCCAGAUUCAAAGCUCGUGGGUAGGGCUCAGGGACUAUACGGGUCUGCGGGACAGCAGGAACUGGCUCUCAUCAUGGCCUUGAACUUUGGGUUCGUUGAUGGCAUCUAUAAUGGUAGCUCCAUUAGCCUUCUUGGCAAGAACCCGGCUCUGCAACCGGUUCGUGAGAUUGCUAUCGUAGGCGGAACCGGGGUUUUCCGGUUGGCACGUGGAUAUGCCAUCGCUCACACAUAUUGGUUUAAUGCCACCACCGGUGAUGCUAUUGUUCAGUACAAUGUUACCGUUGUUCACUAG